AGGGGGCGAGGCAGCUUCAUUUAAUCCCCGGCGCGCCUCUGUUGAUGCACGGAGACGCGAAGGGAGCCGUGGGGGGACUGCUGCGCUGAGCUCAGAAUCGGCAGACAGAGGAAGAGAGACACACAGAGAGAAAGAGAGAGCAGCGCGACAUCCGUGGACCUGCAGGGACGAACCUUCGACCGUCAGCGAUCAGCAUGCACGUCCCGGCGGCGGCCGCGGCGGCGGCGGUGGCGGCUCCGCUUCUGCUGCUGAUGUGCGUGGCGGCGACCGCGCCUGGCGCCACCCGCGCGAAGACGAUGGCCCAGGCGCAGAGGGUCGCGGCCGUGGAGGCCGACGGUGAAGCCGUGGUGCAGAAGGACUGCGUGGACAAUGGCAGGAUGUACCACCUGCAGGAGCAGUUUGAGCGCACGUACCACGGACGAGCCCUGCGCUGCACGUGCCUGGGCGGCCAGGCGCUGGACUGCGAAGCCGUCCAGCGGCCGAGCGGCGAGCAGGAGUGCUUCGACCAGUACACGGGGCGACGCUAUUCGGUCGGGGAGACCUGGGAGCGGCCACGGAAGGGCAUGGUGUGGGACUGCACCUGCCUGGGAGCGGGCAUCGGACGGAUCAGCUGCUCCACCGAAAACCGGUGCCACGACCAGGGCCAGUCGUAUCGUCUCGGCGAGCGCUGGAAACGGCCGCACAGCACGGACGGUCAGAUGCUCGAGUGCGUCUGCCUGGGCAACGGAAAGGGAGAAUGGACGUGCAACCCAGUGGCCGGGGCGGCUGAGCGCUGCUACGACUCCGUCCUGGGCUCCUCGUUCGCUGUGGGCGAGGAUUGGGAGCGGCCCUACCACACCUGGAUGAUCGUCGACUGCACCUGCUUGGGAGGUGGCCUCGGCCAAGUGUCCUGCUCCUCCAAAAAUCGCUGCAACGACCAGGACAGCCAGAGCUCGUACCGCGUCGGGGAGACGUGGACCAAGACGGACGCGGCGGGCGACCUGCUCCACUGCGUGUGCACGGGCAACGGGCGCGGGGAGUGGAAGUGCGAGGUGCACAGCACGGCAGUGGCCGCCGUGCACACCGGCGAGUUCGCCGGGGUGGAGGAGGCGCAGUUCCGCCCGUCGGCGCAGUGCGAGCUGGACAACGGAGCCACCUACGCCACGGGGCAGCAGUGGCUCAAGAUGCAGGGGACCGACCGCAUGCUCUGCACCUGCCUGGGCAACGGCGUCAGCUGCCAGACGUCCGGUGUGAUGACGUACGGGGGCAACGCGCCGGGGGAGCCGUGCGUCUUCCCCUUCAUGUACACGGGGCUCUCCUACACGGCGUGCGUGGGAGAGGGACGUAGCGACGGCAAGCUGUGGUGCAGUACCACGGGGAACUACGACCAGGACCGCAAGUACACCUUCUGCCGCUCCGAGUCCGCUGUGAUCCAGACGCGCGGCGGCAACUCGCACGGAGCUCUCUGCCACUUCCCCUUCCAAUACAACCAGCGGAGCUACACGGAGUGCACCGCAGAGGGGCGGCCGGACGCCAUGAAGUGGUGCAGCACUACGGAGCAUUAUGACGAGGAUCGCAAGUUCGGCUUCUGCCCCAUGGAGGCCCACGAGGAGGUGUGCUCGUCACAGGGCGUGCAGUACCGUGUCGGCGACCAGUGGGACAAGCGCCAUCAGAUGGGGCACAUGAUGCGGUGCACCUGCAACGGGAACGGCCGCGGGGAAUGGAACUGCAUUCCCUACGCCCAGCUGCUGGAUCGCUGCGUGGUGGACGAGACGGAGUACAACGUGAACCAGACGUUCUCGCGCAAGCACGCCGAGGGACACAUGAUGAACUGCACCUGCUUCGGCCAGGGCCGGGGCCGCUGGGCCUGUGACCCCGUCGACCAGUGCCAGGACCUGGAGCUGAUGCAGUUUUACCAGAUCGGAGAGACGUGGAACAAGCUGUACAAGGGCACGGCGUACAUCUGCGGCUGCUACGGCAACUCCGUGGGCGAGUGGAACUGCCGCCCCCAAACCACGGAGAUCGCCUCCAAUAACCCCGUGCAGGUCACCAUCAAAGAGGACAACAAGCACCGGCAUUCCCAGCAGCUGCAGUGGACCAACACGCAAGGACGCCCCGUCAACUGGUACUUCCUCAAGUGGCGCCCGAAGGGCUCUCAGGCCCCGUGGAAGGAGGCCCGGGUGCCGGCCCAGCGCAACGCCUACGUGAUCACGGGCCUGCGGCCGGGCCUGGUGUACGAGGGCCAGCUCAUCACGCAGUACUCCCACGGCGCCACCGCCAUCAGCAAGUUCGAGUUCAGCACCGCCUCCGUCCCCCUGACGCCGUGGGAGGGCGAGAGGGAGCGGCUGCCCGGCACGGAGCAGCGCGUGUCGGACGCCGUCACCGAGGUGACGUCCAACAGCUUCGUGGUCGCCUGGGCCUCGGCCGGCGAGGUCAUGUCCGGGUACCGGAUCGAGUACGAGCUCACGGAGGACAGCUCCUCGCGCGAGAUCAUCAACCUUCCCGGGACCGCGACGUCCAUCACGUUGGACAGCCUGCUGCCGGGUCGCGAGUACACGGUCACCGUCAUCGAGCUGGGCGCUCGCGGCCUGGAGCGCAUCAUCCUCACCACCACGCAGACGACCGCCCCGGACGCCCCCGAGAGCUACUUGAUCGACGAGGUCACCGAGUCAACAAUCGUCAUCCGCUGGAGGCUACCCAGCGCGCAAGUCUCUGCGUUCCGCAUCAUCUACCUGCCCAACGUGGACGGCGGAGAGAGCACGGACCUGCACCUCCCGCCGGACGUGACGCGCGCACGCCUCGUAGACCUCCUGGCAGGGCACACCUACAACAUCAGCGUCUUCUCCGUGGCCGAAGACCUGGAGAGCCCCCCUCUCUUCUUUCAGGUGUCCACCCAGGGCUCAGCGCAAACUGAGCAAAGGCCGCCGCUGCCGCCCAGCGACCUGACCUUCGUGACCGUGGGCGAGACCAAGGCCACGCUCAUGUGGGCCCCUCCGCCGUCCGCGGAGGUGCACGGCUACCGGGUCGUGGCGACGGCCGCGCCGGGCCAGGGCCGCGUCCCCACCCGCGAGGUGCCCCUGACCUCCGACCUGUACGCGGAGGUGGGUGGCCUCCUGCCGGGCCACACCUACCGCUUCCAGGUGUUCGCCAUGUACCCCGGCGGCGGGGAGAGCCCACCGCUGCAGGGAGAGCAGACGACCAAGCUGGACGCUCCGCGGGACGUCCGCUUCGUGGAGGUGGGCGAAACGAGCUUGACGGCGGCGUGGCGAGCGCCCCGGGGGCCCAUCGCGGGCUACCUGGUGCGCUGCGAGCCCACGGACGGCGGCGAGCCCCUGGAGCGGCAGCUGGGAGCCGACGUGGCGAGCUUCACGGUGGACGGCCUGCGGGCGGGGAGCGAGUACGUGGUCACGGUGUACGCGCUCGCACGCGGGGACGAGGAGCGUAGCCCCGGGGUCAGCGGAAUCGUCUCCACGCAGUCGGUGAGGGAGAUGUCGGAGUUUGUGAUCGAGGUGACCGAGUCCACCAUCGUGGUGUCGUGGAACAGCGUGCCCCGGCUCUCCAUCAAGGUGAGAGUUGCGCCCGUGGAGGGAGGUGGCGACGCUCGGGAGUUCGAGUCGGACUCGGGCCGCCUGCUCAUCGAGGACCUCACGCCCGGCGUGGACUACACGGUCACCAUCCGCGUGCUUGUCGAUGGGCAGCCGCGCGGGCAGCCAAUCCAGCGCCACGUCACGACCGCCUUGCCUCCACCCACUGAGAUCAAAGUGGAGACCAACGGAAAUCCCGGGGAGCUGCAGGUCUCCUGGGAGAGCAGCGAGGUGCAGGCCAUCACGGCAUACCGCGUGACCUGCGUGGCGGACGGCCACGGCGGCUCCCGGCAGGUGCUGGAGGAGGUGGUUUCGCCACAGCACAACUACACAGUGUUCGAGCACCUGCUGCCCGGAGUGCAGUACAACGUGAGCGUCUACGCCGUGGGCAUGGACGCCGAGAGCCUGCCCACUUCGGCGGUCGUCGUGCCGGAAAUCCCGCCGCCGAAGGGGCUGCGCUUCUCCGAGGAGUCCGACACCAGCGUCACGAUGCAGUGGCAGCACCCCAAUCUGCCCAACGUGGCGGGGUACCGCCUAACGGUGGCCGCCCCCAGCUCCAGCUCAGACCACGGCGCACCGCACGCGGACCGCGCCGGCCGACCCGUCGCGUUCGGUCGCCCCGCGCAGCACGGAGGAGGAGGAGGAGGAGGAGGAGGAGAGCCCCUGCUGAGUCUGCAGCUGGGGCCCGACGCGGAGCGGUACACCGUGAACGGCCUGGAGCCCGGCAUCGACUACCACUUCUCCCUGGCCACGGUCACGGAGCAGGGCCAGAGCCUGCCGGCCGCGCAGUGGCACAGCACGGCCGUGCCACCCCCCACCGGCCUGCGCUUCUCGCACGUGCGCGAGGACGGCUUCCGACUCGGCUGGUCGCCCCCGGCGACGCUGACGACCCCCGCCAAGUUCCUGGUGCGCUGCCGCGCCUCCACGGCCACCGGCCACGGCGGGGACCGCGCCGACGUGGACGUGGCCGCCGGCAGCGGCACGGCGGCGCUGAGCGGUCUGCAAGCCGGGACGGAGUACCAGGUGUCCGUACACACCCUCCUGGACGGGCAAGAGAGCGUGGCCCUCACCGGCACUCAGUACACAGCGCCCGACGCUCCGACGGACCUGCAGUUCUCGCACGUGACGCCGACGGCCUUCACCGUCGAGUGGCGGGCGUCGCUCGCCCCCGUGGAGGGCUACCGCGUGCGGUUCGGCCGCGAGGGCCACACCGAUCCCCGGGAGGAGUGGGUCCCGACGCCCGGGCACUCCGCGAGCCUCAGCGGCCUCGCGCCCGGCGAGCAGUACACGGUGGCCGUCUACGCGCUGUCCAGCAGCCGCCUGGAGUCGCGGCCGCUCACCGGUCGCCAGAUCACACCCGUGGACAGCCCCACCGACCUCCAGGUCACCAGCCAAUCGGCCACCAGCUUCCUCGUCAGCUGGACUCCGCCCACAACCUACGUGUCCAACUACAUUGUGAGCUACCACUACGGGAGGCAGCCAGAGCGUCAGGUGACCGUGUCCGGACGGGAGAGCUCUGUGCUCAUCGAGGACCUGCAGCCGGGCGCGGACUACUCGGUCAGCCUGCGCGCGGUGACGGAGAGAGGAGACCAGCCCGCGGGAGAAACCCUCACCGCCACGCACACCACGGGUAUCGACGGUCCCACGGACGUGGAAGCGGUGGAGGUGCGCGACACGAGCAUCCUCCUGCGCUGGGCCGCCCCCCGCGCCCCCGUGCAGGGCUACCGCGUCUCCUGCUCCCCCACGGGGGGUCACGACGGAGCCCCCAUCGCCAAAACCCUCUCCAGGGGUCAGUCAGAGGUUACGAUCGACUCGCUGUCUCCGACCACGGAGUACUUCAUCCAGGUGGUCGCCCUGGGAUUCGCGCAAAACAGCGAGGCGACGAGCAUCACGGUGCAGACCGGCGUGGACCGCCCCCGGGGCCUCACGUUCCGGGACGUCGGCGUGGACUCGAUGGUCGCCUCGUGGCAAGCGCCGGAGGGCCGCGUCACGGGCUACCGGGUCACCGUCCAGGGCGCGGGAGACGAGGACGGGGGAUUCUCGCGCGAGGUGCUGCCCGCGCCGGGCCCCGACGCCGACUCGGUGACCGUCGGCGGGCUGCGGCCGGGCCAGGAGUACACGGUGCGCGUGUUCGCGCUGAGCGGGCACCGCGAGAGCGUGCCGCUCACCGGCACACAGAUCACGGCCAUCCCCCCGCCGACGGCGCUGGAGUUCCCGGAGGUGGGCGCCGACUCGGUGGCGGUGCGCUGGAGCGCUCCGCGGCCCGACGCCGGCCUCACGGGCGUCCGCAUCGUGUUCGAGCCGCGCUCCCGCAAGGCCUCGCGCAAGGAGAUCUCCGAGGGGCCCCGCGCCACCGCCACCACCGUCACGGGGCUCACGGCAGGAGUGGACUACGCCGUGUCCGUCUACGCCGUCAAGGACGCCCUGACAAGCAAGCCCCUGCAGGGCACGGUGCGCACGGUGGAGAGCAUCCCCGCGCCGUCCAAGGUGGUGGUGACGGAGACGCACGCCGGCUCGGUGACCCUGGAGUGGCGCUCACGCCCCGACCCGCUCACCGGCUUCCUGAUCGUAGUUCAGCCGGCGGCGGCGGGCGCCGGGAGGCACCCCGCGGAGCACACGGUGCCGCCCGGCGCCCGCGCCUUCACCGUCACCGGACUGCAGCCCGGAGUGCGCUACGUCAUCUCCAUCUACGCCGUGCGUGGCGGCAGGAGGAGCCAACCCGUCACGGUCACCACCGCCACCGCCGUGGACUCGCCCACAGGCCUGAAAGUCACCUCCACGGAGGACAGCUUGACCCUGGGCUGGACGCGCCCGAGGGCCUCCAUCACCGGCUACCUGCUCACAUGCCAGGCCGCCCGAGGAGGGCCCGCGCGGGAGCACUUGCCCGACGUCAGCGCGACCCAGUACACCAUCACCGAUCUGCAGUCCAACACGGAGUACGUGUUCAGCCUCGUGGCAGUGCAGGACACUGUGAGGAGCCACCCUCUGCGUGGCUCCUUCCGUACCGCCGAGGCUGCGAGGCCGGAGCCGCUGGCGACGUCGGCCCCCCGGCCACCCAUCGCGCCAGCGAAGGUUCCCGCGGGCCGGGGACUCCCGUCCCGGCGAGGGGACACCUCGCCCCUGUCGUCGGAAACGCGCUUCGACGGACACGAGAUGGGACCGUGGGCCGGGCAGCGGCACGUGGAGACGAUCGUGACAGAAGUCCGCCCCGGCGCAUCGCUGCCGUCCCACCAGGGCGGCAUGCAGCUGCAAGUCGACGGAGUGGCCCUGGUGGCGCCGGCUCUCCUCGCCCCCGAGGUUCAACUCGAGCAGCACCUCACCGAAACGGAGGUGACGUGGGUGCCGCGCCGCCAGGCCUCGGAGUACCUGGUGUCGUGUGUCCCCGUGGGAGGCUCCGCCGACGGCACCGCGCCCAUACAGAUGCGGCUUCCAGGCAGCCUGAGCAGCACCACGCUGACGGGGCUCAUGACGGGCACGCAGUACAGCGUGGUGGUGGAGGCUCUGCACGGCUCGCGUCGAGACAAGGUGCUGGAGGAGUUCAUCACCCUGCUCAACACCGCGCCGAUGAACUUGACGGGCGACGCGACGGACGACCGCUGCAUGGACGAGGACACGGGGCGCGAUUACGCGGUGGGCGAGGAGUGGGAGCGCCCCUCCAACACAGGAUUCAUGUUCCUGUGUCGCUGCCUGGGACAGGGCAGUGGGCACAUCCGCUGCGACUCUUCCAAAUGGUGCCAUGACAAUGGCCAGAACUACCGCAUCGGCGAGCAGUGGAGCACCACGACAGGCACGGGGCGCCGCAUGAGCUGCACCUGCCUGGGGAACGACCUCGGGCAGUUCAAGUGCGAACCAGAUGAGAACACGUGCUACGAGGGUGGGAAGGAGUACACCGUGGGACAGAAGUGGAUGCGAAAGAACCGCGGCCUUGACUGCACCUGCACGUGCUACGGAGGACGCAGGGGCUACCGUUGUGAUUGCGGUGCCGUGCAGAACGUGGCGUCCAGUUUGGCCCAGGGACACAGCCUCCAUCAAAUCCGCAACCAGCUCCUCCGCCGCCCAUUUCCGAACAAAUGCACGUUUCAGUGCUGAUGAUGGACACGCCGGGGGAGGAGAAGAGGAGGUGGAGGGGGGUGGGGGGUGAAGCUGUGGAGUGGCGUUGGUGAGAGAAGACCUUUUUUUUCGCGAGGCGGCAGUGGAGCCUUUCCCGGCGCCGCGUGCGGCACUUCGUUCUCUCGCCGCUCGCAGCCGUCGUGAAGCUUUCUCGACUUCCGCCGCGUCUUUUUUUUGUUUGUUUAUCCGCGGCUACGCGCGGCGCUCGGUUUCGUCGGCGAAAGGGGGGCGGUGGGCGCCGCCCUUCGGCCUCUGUGCGCGUCACGGGCGGAUUCCGUUCCCGCGAAAGGUGAAGCUGGUCGGCGCUAGUGCCACGUUGCGCGUUAGUUCAAAGGAGGGUCUCUCGGCGUCCGCUUGGUUAUUCGUGUUUACAGUCGCCGUCCUACUUUGAUUUCGCAACGGGGAUGAUUUAACCGAAAAUGUACGUGAGAUUGGCAAGGAAUAUGGCCCGUUCUCACCCUAUGCCCCCCCCCCCGCCCCGCCCCGUCCUGCUUUCAAAGUCAUUCCUCGCCGCUCUGUUUUGCAUUACGAGAUGCUGUGCGUUCCGAACUGAACUUCCAACGCAGGAUGCGGUUGGGCCAGCGGUGUAGUGUGGUUGGCACGGUCCCUCGUGGGUAUUACCAUAAAUUGGGGUGUGACUGUACUUGCACGUCGCGAUGGCUAGGAGAUGUUAACUACUUCGCCUGGUAUACAGGAGGUCGUGGGUUCGAUCCCGACCCUGACGCCUGCUGCUGUAUAUUUGGAGUUUGCACGUUCUCCCCGUGGUCGCGUGAAAAUUUU